CAACACAAACGCAGAAGAUUGAUCAGUUUAAAUUAAAUCUAAAAAAUACCCUUUCAAAUUUUUUUUUUUUUGAAAAAGCCCCAGUUUUUUCAGUUUCUUUCCUUUCUAACCUGAUGAUCCCGCGUUCUCUCUCUCCUCUCUCUCCUCUCUCUCCCACCUGUCACGCACGCCCGGCGGCACCACCCCGACCCACCACCACCUCCCCUAAACGCACCGUUUUGGUAUAAAGCCAAAAGGAGAAACCUUGUUCUUUCUUCCUUCUCCCCACUUCUGUUUCUGCUCUGUCAAGCUCGCGCCUUUCUGCUGGAAGAAGAGGAAGACUAAAUUUUUGAGCUACCCGAAACGCAGCGUUUUGGUGCGCGGCCAUGGGGAACUGCAACGUCUGCGUGAGAGCUGACGUCAUAAGUAGCGACGACAAGAAUUCCGGCGAUAAACAAAAGAAGAAGGCACGGGAGCGGCGGUCCAACCCGUUCUCCGACGACCCGAUCCGGUCCCCGGCUCCGAUCCGAGUUCUCAAGGAUGUGAUCCCGCUUGGCCACCGGACCCGGAUCGGCGACAAGUACGUGCUGGGUCGGGAACUGGGUCGGGGCGAGUUCGGCAUCACGUACCUGUGCACGGACCGGGAGACAAAGCAGGCACUCGCCUGCAAGUCCAUAUCGAAACGCAAGCUUCGAACGGCGGUGGAUAUAGAGGAUGUGCGGCGGGAGGUGGCGAUAAUGUCGACGCUGCCGGAGCACCCGAACAUUGUGAAGCUGAAGGCGACGUACGAGGACAACGAGAACGUCCAUUUGGUCAUGGAGCUCUGCGAGGGCGGCGAGCUUUUCGAUAGGAUUGUGGCCAGAGGGCAUUACAGUGAGCGGGCGGCGGCGAACGUCGCCAGGACGGUGGCAGAGGUGGUGAGGAUGUGCCAUGCUAAUGGGGUUAUGCACAGGGACUUGAAGCCUGAGAACUUUCUCUUCUCGAACAAGAAGGAGCACUCGCCCCUUAAAGCCAUUGACUUUGGGCUCUCUGUGUUCUUCAAGCCUGGGGAGAGGUUUAUGGAGAUUGUGGGCAGUCCGUACUACAUGGCACCGGAGGUUUUGAAACGAAAUUAUGGGCCGGAGGUUGAUAUAUGGAGCGCCGGAGUGAUACUUUACAUUUUGUUAUGUGGAGUUCCUCCAUUUUGGGCAGAGUCUGAACAGGGUGUGGCUCUUGCAAUCUUGAGGGGGGUGAUUGAUUUCAAGAGAGAACCCUGGCCUCAGAUUUCAGAGAGUGCUAAAAGCCUUGUUCGACAGAUGCUGGAGCCAGAUCCCAGAAAGCGCUUGACUGCGCAACAGGUGCUUGAACAUCCAUGGCUACAUAAUGCGAAGAAAGCUCCAAAUGUUCCAUUAGGUGAUAUAGUGAGGCCAAGACUCAAGCAGUUCUCAGUAAUGAAUAGAUUCAAAAAGAAGGCCCUAAGGGUAAUUGCAGAACACUUAUCUGUUAAAGAAGUGGAAGUAAUCAGAGACAUGUUUACAUUGAUGGACACUGACAAAGAUGGCAGAGUAACAUAUGAGGAAUUGAAGUUGGGGCUUCACAAAGUUGGUUCACAAUUGGCUGAACCGGAGAUUAAGAUGUUGAUGGAAGUGGCUGAUGUUGACGGGAAUGGCGUUCUGGACUAUGGAGAGUUUGCAGCAGUAACAAUUCACUUGCAGAAGAUGGAGAACGAUGAGCAUCUCCGCAGAGCGUUUGUGUUCUUUGACAAAGAUGGAAGUGGAUAUAUUGAAUUAGGUGAGCUAAGGGAAAGUUUACAAGAUGAAUCUGGUGAAACUGAUUCUGAGGUGCUGAAUGACAUCAUGCGUGAGGUCGACACUGACAAGGAUGGACGCAUCAGUUAUGACGAGUUUGUUGCGAUGAUGAAAACGGGAACCGAUUGGAGAAAGGCAUCUCGACAGUAUUCGAGGGAGAGAUUCAAGAGUUUAAGCCUCAACCUAAUGAAAGAUGGUUCGUUGCAGCUUCACGACGGGCUAACUGGUCAAGCCAUUGCCGUAUAACUCCUUUUCUUCCUUAGAUUGUGCAUGCUUGCCGGGGGCUACUUCUCUUUUACUGUCGAUACACCUGAAAUUCACGGCGGAUGGGGUUUUGUAAACUGAGAUUUGGGGGCAGAUACUGAAUCAAUCCUCUCGGACUCUAUCGGCCUGACUUAUUGGUAGGUUGUUAGCUUGUGGCUUCAAGGACUGCAUGGUUGUCGGGAUCAUCGAGGCUUGUGUAUACAUACGUCGUACGUAGUUCUCCGAUCGUGUUGUACCUGUCAAUUACACUUGUAUAUUUGUCAUGUCUACAUCAUUGUGUUUGAUGGUUUGCAUUCUAAAUUGGUCGGCAGGCGAUUUGUUUCUUCAUUGACCUUAUGAGCUUUGAGGGUGUUCUCAUUUUGUAUUUAUUAAAAGUGAUCCUGAUUUGUUGUAUCAUCUUCGCGAAAAUGAUUUGUGCACGCCUCUUUUCUCUUUCA